GGUACUUUUUAUUGGCUUUUAGAUAGAUAUAUGGAUUUAGAAAAAGUGAGAAUGUAAUCUUACUAUAAUACUGCGUAGAUGAUGAGACUUUUGGAUUAAUUUAACAAGUCACUUGGUGAUGAAUCUUUGAUGCUGACCAUGAGGUUGAAGUUUAGUGCCGAUCAUUUCAGAUACUAAAGCGGCACGCGGGCAAGCGUCAGUCAGCAUUAGGGUUACCCCUCAACUUCCUAACAAACCAAAAUUUAUUCCUUACUACUAUUUCACUAUCCCGCACCUCAACUCUCAACAUACAUCAAUCCACAACCAACGAAGACCCAAAAUGUACUGUGCAGAAUGCGGGCAUCCACUCCCCGACAUUCGCGAUGACAAUACAACAUGCAGCAAAUGUAAAACUCGACUGGGUACCUGGUGGGACGAAUCCUCAAAGACCAUGCGAACAAACCGCGAAGCUUUCGUACCAACCAACAUGAUGAGCGAAUUAAUGGGAGGUAGAAGUCAUUUCGAGAUGAACAAAAAGGUUUCCGACAGGACAAAUACAUAUGGAUUGGAAGAAAGAGGAUUCCUGGCCACAUUAACAUUGUUGGAGAUGCGAUGGGGACCAGGUGGUAGAGCAGGUCUAGGAAGGAAAGCAAUGGAGGGGUUGGGAAAAAUGAUCAGGAGUACAUUGGACAUGUCACUUUCUCGAGGCGAGGUCCGCGAGGCUCUAGCUAAGAAUGUGGAUAUCUGGAUGCGUCUUCAGCGGAUUUUUUAUCUGGCUGUUCCCAUAUUGGUCUCGAGAUCUUUGCGCGAAUCGUACACGGAACAGGGUGCGCCGUCCGGACUGGAUGUUUCCGAGAGUGUGGCGCUUAUUCUGAAGAAUUUUGAUGCGUUGACGGAGGAUUUGGGUUAUUUGAAUAAUUUGCUGGUGGUUAGUCGGAAUAUGUUGGCUGUUAAGGAGACGGCGCAGGAGAUUUGUAGGGCGGUUGGUUUGGAUAAGCAGGUUCAUAAGUUGAUUAUUCUUUGUGUUAAUGUUACUAGUAAGGGCUAUGACGGGGAGAAUGUGGAUGAGAAUAGUAGGGGGAGGUUGAAUGAGGUUACAGAACUUUGUGAGUUGACUUUGCGUUCUUGAUUUCAAGUGGGUUAUUGGGUUGUGGAUAAUGCUGACUUUUUGCAGAUAAAAAACUUCUGGUCACUUGUUUACAACAUACGCAUAAUUGGACGAUGGGUAAUGAUAGGUUCAAGAUGUCGUUUUGGUUCGAUAUGCUUUUCGAUAAUGAUUUGCAUAAUGAUCCUGUUCAUGAAUUACCUCCAGAUGAUCUAAAUGUGGAGAAGGUAUAUCAUGAAGUUAAAAAUUGGUUGACUAGACAUUCUGCCGAUCAAGAUGAAACAGCCAGGGAGCUUCUGGAGAAAUAUGCCGCGGAAGCUGAUAUGGCCUGUACACCUGGUCCACUUCCACAAAUCGAUGAAUUUACCGUGACGGAUGCGGAUAAGGAAAUUGAUCCUGAAGAAACGACUCCAAUUUGGAAACCUGAAUUGACGGAUAAAUAUGAGCAAGAUCGACUUUAUGCCCGUGUAUCUCAUGAGAUUGAUAUUUGGUGGAAACGUCAAAGAGAUCAAAAUUAUGAGGGUUGGGUUGUGAAGAUGGUAUCUGUGGAAGAUGCGAUGAAGCGUGCAGAGGCUUGUAAGGAGACUGCUAUGCAUAGAUUUCUUCCUCAAAGGGCUUUCCAGGAUCAGGAUGCUUAUGGUCAUGAUGAGCAGUUGCAGGAACCACCUUUACAUGAUGAGAUUGAUGAUACUCGAUCGAUGGAUGGACAUGACGGUGAGGAGGAUGGUGAGGAGGAGGAUGAGGAAGAUGAUGAUGAAUCUUAUGCUGAAGGACCUUUGAGAGGUCUUUUGACUGAAAUUCCUAAUAUUCUCGACACGAAACAAAUUGAAGCUCUUCACAUGACUGUCAAAGCUUGUAUCGUCGAUUCAAUGGGCUCAGGCCUUACACCAGCUGGUGAAAAUCUUCAAAAGACACGAUGCAAAAUGUUUUUGGCUUUAGAUUGUGGAAAGAAUUUACUUCGAGAAAUGUUAGUUUUCAUCGCUGUUUGGGAACAAACUGAUCAACAUUUCAUUUUCCAAAUUACUGCUCAAAUCAUUGAGUCUUUCCAUCAUAACGCUUUAUUGCCUUAUGCUUGGAGUUCUCUUAGGAUCAUGAAGGAUAUUGUAUCGCCAGCACAGACUGUCCUUUUACGUCUCAUCAACUACAUGUUUCGAGCUCGAAAGGAUAGUCCCAUCUAUGACGAUUUGAGAGAUUACAACAGAGAUGCAAAACUUAUUCAUUUCCUCUUUACAUAUUUCCGUACACGAGUCGUACCUGAUUGUAUUGCUCUCAUUCAUGCGCAAGCUCAAAUUCGAACUCAAAAAAGCGAUCCAAAUGAUUUCCCGGUGGAUUUAUGGGAUAUGGAACGUGCUAAGGAUGGACUUUCACAAUAUCUUGAUUUCAUAUCUGUUAUUGCAGAAAUACCGGAAAUGAGACCACUUCUUAUUGAAUGGGAAUGUGUUUACGAACUUGUUGCUCUUCUUCGAGCUCUUGAACAAGGCGUGGCACGGAAAAAUCUUUCUGAACAACCUUUACCAAAUCGUCGACCGGCACCUGUACCUCAACCGGGAGGUGGGAUUCCAGCAAUAGAACGUCCAUAUGAAAGUCCUACUUCACAAAACUCCCCUCAAUUUCAAGGUCCAGGACAAACUCUUCCACCUCUUCACGAUACACCACAUAAAUUUCCAUGGUCGGGUAUUAAGAUUCAAAUCCUUAUUAUUCUUACUUCAUUAGUAGCACCUAAUAAUGCUAGGAGACAAGGACCAGGAAAUCCAAUUGUGCAAAAACAACUGUUGGAUCAGAAUGGAAUUAUGCCGUUGUUGAAUUGUUGUGUUUAUGAUGGUCAUAAUGAGUAUAUUAAGGAGAGGGCGACGCUUUGUUUGAAAUAUGUUAUGGAGGGUUGUGAAGAGGCGCAGAAAUGGGUUAAGGAUUUGGUGCCUGCUAAUAAACAGAGGGCGGCGCAGGGGGCGAAUGGAAGUGUCGGGGCAGGAGGGAUGACACAAAGUGGAAGUGUAAGUGUAAAUGAGAGUGGCAUACCAGAUGUUAAUAGAAUGGCUAGAAGUCCACGUGCAGGCUUUGGUGGUGCCGGAGGAAUGCCUAGAGGUGGUGGGGCGGGAGUUGUAGGUGGUACAAAUACAAAUAUAAGUAAAGGCCAAGGUGGUGAAGCUACGAUGGGGAAUACUUUGGAUGUGGACCCGGCGUUGCAAUUGGAGAAGUUGAGAUUGCAGGAGAGAGUUAGGGUUGCUGAGUUGAAGGCUAAGGAGAUGAGGGGGAAGGAGAAUGAGAAGGGGCAGGGGCAGGGGAAGUAGAUGGAGAUCGGGAUGGAAAUGAUGGG